UGAAGGAAUGUUUUAACCUCGGGGUUUUACUAAUUUAAUGGAUCAAAAUGUAUGGACGAGCUCCAAGAGUGACCUUCAUGUCAACAGGCGGCACUUCAUCUACGGUUGGCCCCGGCUCCUACAAUGUCACCGGGAGCAGUUCCAAAACAUCAGAUGGCUAUGCUCCAUUCCUGACCUUGACCAAAAGACAAUCAGUAUUUAGUCAUUCCAGUGAGGACAUACCAGGACCUGGACAAUAUGACACCUCCCCUGUCAAGCUAAACAUCCAUGGUGGCCGUAGUCUUCAGAACCGCUCCAAGCGUUUUGAGGAGGUAGCCUCGAAGGUUCCAGGCCCCGGGGCCUACAAUGUUCUACCUGCCUCGGGGAACACACUCAGAGCUGUGACCGCUGAAGCAGGACAGGUGGAGAAGCUUGGCAGAAAAAUGCGUCUCCAGGCUAAAAGUCUCCGGCUGGUGCGUCAGUCAGAUAUCCCAUCCAUUCCUUCCCCGGGCCAGGCCUAUGGCUAUGAGGAGGGCGCCCUGGGUGUGCUCCUCAAACAGCCUCCUCCUCCCAGGGACACUACUCUGGGGCCAGCUUACUACAAUCCACUGCUGUCAGAGAACAGUUCUGCACAGAAGUAUAAAGGAGUCCACUUUGGAAACAUGACAGGGAGGAGAGGUGAGGUGACAGUGGAGGAGGGACCGGGUCCAGGACAGUAUUACCCUGAGAUAAAGCAAGAAAUACACUAUGAGAAUGUAAACCUUCAAAAGGAACAAAAAGGCCGAGCUGAGCUUAUCAUCCCUCGUUACCACGAGCUGGUGCCCAAGCAAGAGGAAAAGAAGGGAGUUCCUGGUCCGGGCCAGUAUAACAUCAGAAGUCAGUUUCAGGACCCCGGUGAGUGCAGUGGAAACCAGCCGAGGGUUACCUGCCCAUUCCUCUCUCAGACUGAGAGGUUUAGCUCUGCAAAAGAAGUGUCUCCCCCUGUUGGUGUGUAUAAUGACCCACGCUGUGCCCUGGAGCUGCUGAAGAGAACCACAGGAGUGAAGAAAAGCCCAUUUGGCAUCACUGCGGUGCGCUUCAUUCGUAACCACAAAACAUGCUCCACACCAGGUCCAGGGUCCUAUAAUUUGUUUGAGCAUGGUUUAGCCCAGGAGAGUUUUAAAAAGGCAGUUUUAGAGAGAACCAGGAAGGGAGGCUUUGGCUCCACUGCUCAACGCAACUCCUUCUUCCAAAAGAAGAAAUUGGAAGAAGCCCCAAGUCCAGGACAGUAUGAGACAGAAAAGAAGACAGAGGAGAACUACAAAAAGCAGCACACUGCGGUUUUCAAAUCAGCCACAGAACGUCUGGCAUUAUCACUCCUGGCUAAAGAUUCCCCUCCACCCAACAGUUACAAUGUGAGUCAGACAUUUGAGAAGGCUAAUGGCCGCUCUUACUUAGAACCCCGAAAUGAGGAAGCAAAGAGACGACAGAGCUGCUUCCUCUCUGCUGCGCCACGGAAUAAUUUCUUCCUGCAAUGUGACCCUACUGUACCAGGCCCUGGCCAGUACAACCCUAGUGUGAAAUCCUUCCCUCAAAUGGCUGUGAUCUCCUCCAGAGCAGAUCGAUUCAAAGUCUCCGUGGACACCAACCCAGGACCAGGUGCUUAUCAGUUGAGUCCAGGCAUCAUGAACACAGUACUGAAGGGCACCUUCAAUGUGACGCUUAACAACCCUCUGGGUCCGUGCUGUUCCCCACAUGUAGCCCCUGGCCUUUUAACAGCCCGCAAGACCAUUAACACUGUUGCACCCAACACCUUCAUCACCACGAGCACUUCUUAG